CAGACAACCGUUCCCGUACGCCCGUGUUGUUGUCACUUGGUCGUCUGGGAGAGAAGUGUUGGGACGCGUUGGUCAAAACUUCAUCAAAAUGGGUAAAAUUGAAUGCGGCCCAGUGGUGGAGGUGCUUGGGGAUGAGAUGACCCGCAUCAUCUGGGACAUCAUCAAGCAGAAACUCAUCUUGCCCUUCCUUAAUGUGGAGCUCCACACGUAUGAUUUAGGAAUCGAGAACCGUGAUGCCACAAGCGACCAAGUCACCAUCGACUGUGCUAAGGCCAUCAAGAAACACAGCGUAGGCAUCAAGUGUGCUACAAUCACACCCGAUGAGAAGAGGGUAGAAGAAUUCAAUUUAAAGAAGAUGUGGAAGUCCCCUAAUGGCACCAUACGUAACAUUCUGGGUGGCACUGUGUUCAGGGAAGCUAUUAUUUGUCAGAAUAUUCCUCGUCUUGUUCCCGGAUGGCAAAAACCAAUUGUGAUUGGUCGUCAUGCACAUGCUGACCAGUACAAAGCAGUUGACUUUGUGGUCCCAGGGCCUGGUAAGCUAGAGAUCAGUUGGACACCCUCCAAUGGUGGUAAUGCCAUUCGGGAAGUCAUCCAAGACUUCCAAGGUGCUGGGGUUGCUCUGGGAAUGUUCAAUACUGAUGAGUCUAUCAGAGCAUUUGCUCAUGCGUCUAUGGUUUAUGCUCUGGACCGCAAGUUGCCACUCUACAUGUCGACUAAGAACACAAUCCUUAAGAAAUACGAUGGACGCUUCAAGGAUAUUUUCCAGGAGAUCUAUGACAGUGAAUACAAGUCAAAGUAUGAAGGUGCAGGAAUCUGGUACGAACACAGACUCAUUGAUGAUAUGGUUGCACAAGCCAUGAAGAGUGAAGGUGGCUUUGUGUGGGCCUGCAAGAAUUAUGACGGUGAUGUUCAGUCUGACUCCGUGGCUCAAGGCUUUGGUUCUUUGGGCAUGAUGACUUCUGUCCUGAUUUGUCCUGAUGGUAAGACAAUAGAGUCCGAGGCAGCUCACGGCACAGUCACUCGUCACUACCGUCAGCACCAGCAGGGCAAUGAGACGUCCACUAAUCCAAUCGCUUCUAUCUUUGCCUGGACUCGUGGCUUGGCCCAUCGUGCUAAGCUGGACAACAACGAAGCCUUAGCCAAGUUUGCCGUUUCGCUCGAGGAAAUAUGUGUGGAGACUAUUGAAUCAGGUUCCAUGACGAAAGAUUUGGCUAUCUGCAUCAAGGGCUUGGCAAAUGUAACUCGCAGUGACUAUCUCAGCACCUUCGAGUUUAUGGACAAGCUUGCCGAGAAUUUGCAAAAAAAGUUGUCUGCAUGACUUGGCUCUCCAGAUAAACAGUUUUCCCAGUCAACAUCUAAACUAUAGCACAACAUUCCCAUAGGUUACCUUGUCUUAGAGAUAGUUUUAUUUUGAUUGUUUUAAUAAUGAAUUUGGGUAAUUUAAUAUUAAGUCUUCAUAUAUAUUAUUUUAAAUCACUUCUGAAUUGUAUGAAUUUAUUCAUUAAGUUUUUAAUUAUCCAUGAAAUAUUUUUAAUUUAAUGUAAAGUAAUCAAGUUUUAUGGUGCUUCCGAAAUAAGGGUAUUACUAAAUGUGAACUUCCAGAUUUUUGUAUAUCUUAACUGUUUUUUUUAUUUAUUAUACGUACUAGACUUUUUUUUUAACAUUGUAGCUGCAUAUGUUAUGCACAAGUUUGGUGAAGCAUUUAAGUUUUUACAUUAUUGAUGAAGUAGUGUGUGAACCUCGGCACAAUCGGGUUUUUGUAGUGCUACCAGAUCCAGGAAGUUUUGUAAUACUUGAACAGCAUUUCUUGGGACCAGACAAUACAAAAGGAAGAAAAUA